AUGGCUACCAAGGCGAUCGUCAUUGUCGCUGGAGUUGGCCCAGCGCUUCUAGCUCGUAAGCCAGAGAAUUAUGAGGGCUUAGUAAAAGAAAUAAAUGAAAAAGGAGGCAAAGCCAUUGGAUUCAGUACAGAUGUAUCCAGUGAAGAAAGUGUGAAGGCGGCUUUUUGCAACAUCCACGAGGAAUACGGAAAUGCACCAAUUGCUGCGGCCAUUUUCAAUGCCCCAGGAAUCUUUUUGAAGAAGCCUCUGUUGGAAAUGAGUGUGGAUGAGUUUGGAGCAUCCUGGCAGGUGAGCUGCAAAGCAGCAUUCAUCUUUUCGCAGGCUACACUUCCUGGACUUCUCAGACAGGCCACAGACAUCAAUGCACUGCAUCCACCGACUCUAAUUUUCACCAAUGCCACUGCAGCCGUCAAGGCAAAUGCGCAAGUGUCUGGAUUCGCUAGCGCUCAGCACGGGAUGCGAGCCUUGUAUCAAAGUAUCGCAAGGGAGUUUGCUCCACAAGGCAUUCAUGUCGCACAUGCCAUAAUUGAUGGUGCCAUUGACCUUCCCAGAACUAGAGAGUUGUUUGAGGACUGGCCAGACGAGGCCAUGAUUGGCACCGAAGAUAUCGCCGAAUCAUACUGGAACUUGCAUUUGCAGACUAAACGCGGCUUCACUAAUGAGAUCGGCAUGAGGCCAAUGUUGGAGAAGUGGAAAAAGAUCCGCUGCGAGCCUACUCUGCAAGGAUGUCACCAAUGCACCAAAUACGGUACAGUGUGUCACUUUACACCGAUUCCAACCAAGAGGAAGCCUCGCAGACCAGCUGGUUCCAAAUACAUUGCCGAACUCGAGAAAAGGCUCUCAGAAGUAGAGUCCUGGGUUCAAAACAUGCCACUGGACGAGGCACGUAUACCCGAUAACUGCUCGGAGGAGAAUCGUGCGACACUAGUUGCAUCCCACAACACCAAUUCAUUUGUCAAAUUUGACGAUUGGAGGAAUCCGUGGAUGGUAGAGGGGCAACAAAUGAACUCCUCAUACACACAGUCAAACAGCGUCCAAUUGAAUCUUGGGCCAUACGAAUUACACAGCCACAGCCAAUCUGGGCUUCUGACGCUUGAAAAUCAGAAGGAUGAUUAUAUGUGGCCUCGACCUGCUUUGAAGUCGCACUGGCUCCCUCCACCGCCGUGUCAGUCGAUGCCUGCGUCAACAACUGCGUUCGAGUUGAUCGAAGAAGCUUUCAGUAGCUAUAAUAGGUUCCUUCCACUAUUCGACGAGGAAGAAUUUAUGAGAGAGUUCCAGCUCAAAUACUCGUCCUCUAACUCUAUGGAUACUGCAUGGUGGGCAUGUCUCAAUGUUGUACUAUCGAUAGCAUACCGGCUUCGAGCCAUACACAAGUCAGACUCGACGUUGGAAAACAAUCUGGCUUUCGUUCAUAUACAAAACGCUUUGAACGUCGUGUCUGACCUGCUCGUCUGCGACCAGAGCCUCUCGGCCGUGCGUGCUCUGGCAGGUAUGGCUUGCGUGCUUCAAGGCACAUCGAACCCAGAGCCAGCGGCAAUGCUCAUUGCUGCCGCUCUACGCUUAGCACACGCUAUGAAUAUGCACAGAGAAUCCUCCAACGUGGGACUCACAGAAUCUCAAGCGGAGAAGCGAAGGAGGCUCUUCUGGAUGGUAUACAUUCUUGAUAAAGACAUCAGCUUACGCAUGGAGCGACCCUUUGGCCAAGACGAUGACGACAUGGAUGUGCUUCUGCCGUCAGACGGAAAUCUUGAGCCAAGUCGUCAAGGUCUCUUCAACCUCCGCAUUGGGCUUGCCAUUAUUCAGGGGCAGGUAUACAAGGAACUGUACUCGACGCGCGCUAUACAAAAGACGAAUACUCAGAGAGCCGCUGCGGCACAGAAUCUGAGUUCCUUGUUAUCAUAUUGGAAGUCCAAUGCAGAAAUGGAAUUACCGGAGGACCAUUCUAUGUCGUUAGAGCCCGGAGUUCCAGGCGAGACGGUUCACUGGGUGGUAUUGCGGCUCACAUAUAUCCAUUGUCUCACUAUGAUCGAUCGCCAUCUGCCGCGCCCAACGUCAUCUUUCCCUAACCAAGAGCACAACUCUCCGGAAGUAUUAUUAGCUCCGGGUAGCGUAUGUGUUGUUGAGUCACGCAAAGCCAUCGGUCUCGUGGAGGUUAUCCCUCAGGGAGAUUGCUCCUGUGUCUGUCAUUCAAAAACUGAGAAGCAGUCAAGGGGAGAAUGGGCCAAAGUUCCCUCCAAGACACCACGGGGAAUCGACGGUAUGGUGUUGGAGGAACCAGGCAGUAACUCUACAGAGGACAAAGCUGCCAAGAGACUGUCGGAAACUCCGCAGACACCCGGAGAAAUGAUAGAAGUAUCUACUGAUGAUCUCAUACAAUCUGAGUCCCAAGUUGCGCCCUUGGACCAGGAACCCGACUACAGGCUGUCAGAUGUCGUCUCCACUAACAUGACAUGUAAGUCUGAUGCAUGUGACGAUGCCCGCCAUUUCGAACUCGAAGUUCCCCGACUGGCCCUUCGCCAACCUAUGAUAAUGAACGGUCUACUCGCCCUCGCAAGCCGCUACGAUUCUCGAUGCAUGGACACUUCCAAUGACAUUGAAAGUACCUUCUACCACAACAAAUGCAUAAAGCUUCUUAUAAAAGCCUUUGCUCAACCCCCUGAAACAUGGGACUCAACGCUCCUUACAGCCGUUGUGAUCGCGCGACUGUACGAGGAGAACGAGAACGAGACCGAUUCUUAUUACCAUCAUCUCAGUGGAACGCAAAACCUUCUGAAUCAUGAGGCAAUCGCCAGGAGGCCUAUCGAGAUAUGCCUAGAGAGCUUUGAGAGGUCAACUGUGUUUAGAAGAUGUGACGAUUCAGCAUAUGCGAACAGAGCGGUCUAUAACUUCGCCAAGAUCAUGAGGCUAUUUCUACAAGUGGAAAGCCUGGACAGUAAUCAAGACAAGUGGAAGGCAGCUGAGAUGGAGGUAGACAGGUGGUAUGAUGCUAAGCCCGUGUCUUUUAAACCUGUGUUUCAUAAUUUGGCGGAUCUCUCGGCAAACAGACCGUUCCCGACUCUUUACUUUAUUGCAUCAGUACCCGCUAUGGAAGGCCAGACUUUGAAGUAUUUUAAAGUGGAUAUUGCAUAA